GUCAGAAUCUAGAUUAUAACAUUCCCAGGCGCGCCUGAACGCAACACGUGACCGAGCAUUAGCUCAGCAGAGAGAGGGAGAGAGGGAGAGAGGGAUUGGGACCGAGAGAGCGAAGGAAGGAGAGGGAGAGAAGCUAAACAGGUGGUCUGAAAACACACAGAAAACAAUGUCGUCCGGCGGGGAGAAGCGGAAAGACCUUUAGUCCUCGCUUUUGUACGGGAAUACUGGGUCAGCCGCGGAUCCGAACAAAACCCAUGCUCCUUUUUGGUUUUCCCACGGACUUCUUCUCUUCUCGGUUUUAGUCCGAAUCCAGGCAAGAUCUCGGAUACUAAACCAUGAAAGUCACGGUGUGUUUUGGCAGGACCCGGGUGGUGGUGCCGUGCGGGGAUGGAAAUAUUAAAGUCCACACACUCAUCCAGCAGGCUGUCAUGAGAUACAAGAAGGCUAUCGCUAAGGAUGCCAGCUACUGGCUGCAGGUCCACCGCUUGGAGCACGGUGACGGGGGCAUCCUAGACCUGGACGAUGUCCUCUGCGACGUGGCCGACGACAAAGACAGGUUGAUAGCAGUCUAUGACGAGCAGGAGCCCCAUCAUGGGGGUGAUGGUACCAGCGCCAGCUCCACCGGGACCCAGAGCCCCGAUCUGUUCGCUGCUGACCUCAGUGCUGGAAGUGGAGCCUCGGCCUUCCAACCCUACCAGGCUGCCAGUGAGAUCGAGGUCACGCCCUCCGCCCUGCGGACCAAUAUGCCCCUCCACGUCCGACGCAGCAGCGACCCCGCCCUGCUGACCAUCAAUGGGCCAUUUAGCGGCGGUGAAUCACGAGUCCAAACAGAAGAGCCGCCGUCAAGGAAGAACCCAACCCGCUGGUCCACCACCGCUGGCUUCCUGAAAGCUCGCCACUCCUCUGGCACCAACAGCCUCGAGAGGAAGGGUAAAGGUAUGGACACGUACCGCAGUCUGCCACGGGAUGCGGGGACGUGGGCCAAUCAGAGAGAGUUUCAAAGAGAGACGGCCCGCUCGUCACUCAGCGCCAACCAUCCCAUGGUGGACCGCUGGCUGGAGAGACAGGAACAGGAGGAAGAAGCCAGAGAAGAAGAAAACGGCAGGAUCGAGCCGGUGGGUCGGGCCGACUCCUGCAUGGACCAUACCCCCGUGAGGUCACUGGAAGACAUAGUCAAACUGGUGGAGGUGUCAAACGAUGGUGGGCCCCUGGGGAUCCACGUGGUGCCUUUCAGUGGCAGGGACCGCAGGACUCUUGGCUUGUUGGUCAAGCGUCUGGAGAGGGGAGGCAAGGCCGAGCAGCAGGGCCUCUUCCAGGAGAACGACUGCAUCGUCCGAAUCAAUAACGGAGACCUGCGAAACAUCCGCUUUGAACAAGCCCAGAACAUGUUCCGUCAGGCCAUGCGUUCUCCUGUCAUCAUGUUCCACGUGGUGCCGUCAUCAAUGAAGGCCCACUACGAGCAGCUGUCCCACGCCGAGAGGAACCCGGCCUACGCCUCAGGCCGCUUCAGCCCGGACUCCCUGACGGGCAGCGCCAUCUCCGGCAUGGACCACACCCCGCAGAGGAUGACCCGACACGGUUCCCAGUCUCACCCACACUCCCACCCGCAUCCUCAUUCCCUCGCUCACCCGGACCAGACUGACGGCUACCCCCCUCUGACACACCCGGCGGUCUCUGCGGCCAAGCCGCCGACAGGACACAUCCACUCGCCUCAGAGGGGGCUGAACUCUACGCCAACAGGGGGAUUUACCAAAAAAGUCGGGAGGAGGCUCAACAUCCAACUGAAGAAAGGUCCUGAGGGGCUCGGCUUCAGCAUAACAUCGCGGGACGUCCCCAUCGGUGGCUCGGCGCCCAUCUACGUGAAGAACAUUCUGCCUCGGGGAGCUGCCAUCCAAGACGGGCGCCUCAAAGCAGGAGACAGGUUGCUGGAGGUGAAUGGAGUGGACCUGAAUGGGCGGACCCAGGAGGAGGUGGUGUCUCUGCUCAGGGCCACACCCAUGGGCGGAGCCGUUGGGCUGCUGGUUCUACGGCAGGAGGACGCGUUCCUCCCCAGAGAAGUGAACGCUGAACCCCAGAUGCAGUGCCCCAGAGAUUUGCAUCCAAGGCAGCCCGCGACAGCCGGGAAACCCCACUGUCUGAAUGAGAAGACCGAGGAGGACGACCUGGUCCUGACUCCAGACGGGACCAGAGAGUUCCUGACCUUUGAGAUCCCCCUCAGUGACUCUGGUUCAGCUGGGCUGGGAGUCAGCGUCAAAGGGAAUCGCUCCAAGGAGAACCACGCCGACCUGGGCAUCUUCGUCAAAUCGAUCAUUAACGGGGGGGCAGCCUGCAAGGACGGUCGGUUACGAGUGAACGACCAGUUGAUUGCCGUUAAUGGGGAGUCGCUACUGGGCAAAACCAACCAGGACGCCAUGGAGACCUUACGCAAGUCCAUGUCAACAGAAGGCAACAAACGAGGGAUGAUCCAGCUCAUUGUGGCCAGACGGGUGGCCAAAAGAAGUGAGGUAAGGAACAAGGAGGCACCGGGGAGUCCGCUGGCACCUCAGACUAUGAACACCUCCCUGGAUGACCACGAGCGUCGGAUCUCCCACUCCUUGUAUGGUGGCCUGGAGGGCCUUGACGACAACUUGAUGCCACGACAAGGCAUGAUGCCACGCACGAUAGGAAACUAUCAGCUGUCCCCGACCGUCAACAUGCCACAGGAUGACACCGUGAUCAUAGAGGACGACCGACCGCCGCUGCUCCCACCCCACCUCUCCGACCAGUCAUCGUCCAGCUCCCACGACGAUGUGGCCUUCACCGCCGACAUGACGCCGCCGUGGGCCAAAGAGCUGCCCAAUCAGAAUGACAACUCUCUGAGUCCAGAUGAAAGUAAUCCAGACGCUGCUUUCCAAAGGGAAGGCUUCGGACGCCAGAGCAUGUCGGAGAAACGCACCAAGCAGUUUGGAGAUGCAGCUCAGCUUGAGAUCAUCAAGACCCGCAAGUCCAAGAGCAUGGAUCUAGUAGCCGACGAGAUUAACCUCACCCCUCGUCCGGGGAUCAACGCAGGUUCUUCCACAAGGGAUGUGGGACCGUCGCUCGGCUUAAAGAAGUCCAGCUCUCUCGAGAGCCUCCAGACGGCUGUCGCCGAGGUAACCCUCAAUGGGGACCUCCCCUUCCACAGGCCACGGCCCCGCAUCAUCAGGGGGCGGGGCUGCAACGAGAGCUUCAGAGCUGCCAUUGACAAAUCCUACGACCGACCGGCUGCAACGGAAGAAGACGAUGAGGGCAUGGAGACGCUGGAGGAGGACACAGAGGAGAGUUCACGAUCAGGGAGAGACUCCGUGUCCACGGUGGCCGACCAGACGCCGCUGUCCGGCUCCGAAAAACCCCUGGUCAACGGCACCAAUCGCACCAAAGAGGAGAAGAAGAAAGACAAAGACAAGGGAGGGAAGGAGAAGAAGAAGCAGCAGGAUGGAGGGAAGGAGAAAGACAAGGGGAAAGCCAAGAAGGGCAUGCUGAAAGGACUCGGGGACAUGUUCAGGUUUGGGAAGCACCGUAAGGAUGAGCGGCCGGGGGAGAAGAUGGAUCGCAAAGGCUCCAGCAAGUGGAGGCCGGAGGAGACGCAGGUUUCAGAGGAGGAGACGAUGAAGAUGAGGAUGGAGCAGGAGAGGAUCCAAGCCAAGACCAGGGAGCUGAGGGAGCGUCAGGCCCGGGAACGGGACUACGCCGAAAUCCUGGACUUGGGCCGCACACCGGAGAGGUCCUCUGAGGAGGAGCACCCGUACGCGGGCAUCAACCCCCUGAACAGCUCUGUGGACAGCGGACACAGCCGGCCCCACAGCCCCCGAGACGACUACCCCCACAUCCAUCCACAGCACCAGCACCAGCACUCAGAUUCCCUCUACACCCAAGUCAGCAAAGCCCGCAGUGACCGGCCUCCGUCUGCAGACAGCAACCGGCUAGCCCCUAGCAACCAUGACCGGAUACAGAGGCUGAGGCAGGAGUUCCAGCAGUCCCAGAACGUCCCGGAAGACCCCGACGACCGCAGGAGGACCUACAGCUUCGAGCAGCCCUGGUCCAACAGCAGCAGCAAUGGUCCGGGCGGGUACAGCCAGCCGGGUCGCCACUCGGUGUCCGUCGAGGUUCAGAUGCAGAGGCAGCGACAGGAGGAGCGAGACUCGUUCGCCCAGGCACAGCGGCAGUACAGCUCCCUGCCACGGCAACCCAGGAAGAACCCCAGCUCCAUCUCCCAGGAUUCGUGGGACAAAGCUUACCCACCUGGUGAGGGUUUCCAGACAGCAAAGGACAACCCCAGGUACUCCAGCUACCAGGGCUCCAGAAACGGCUAUCCGGGCAGCGGUGGGGUCAAUGCCCGAGUCCUUCUGGAGGCUCAGGAGCUCCUGAGGCAGGAGCAGAGGCGGCGAGACCAGGAAGCCAAAGGGAAGUUAAUGCAUGACAGCACUGGUAACAGCAGCUAUGAAGGGUACUCCACAGCACACCUGAAAGACCCAGCCUCCCCCAAGGGUCCGUACCGCCAAGAUGUGCCACCUUCGCCUUCGCAGUUAGCGAGACUCAAUAGAUUAGGGUCGGAGAAAGGAAGACUUUUUUAUUCCUGAGGAUUAUUGUUGGACUGAUGGAUGAAGAGCUGAGCAGAGAACUUGUGGAUCAGGAGCAAAGGGGAAUACCUUAAAGGAACAGCAAAAGUGGACGCUGCAAAUCUUGACAAAGGGACAACCUAGAGGUCUUAUAGCUUAGCGAUGAUCUUAGAGGUAAACAGUUGUGAAGUAUACUCAGUAUGUGGGUGUUGAUGUUCAAUCCCUCGCUGUGCCGAUGACCUAUACCAGUAGUCAGUCCCUCCUACAGACGCUCAGUGCCUUCUCUGCAUUCACAAACACGAUGCUUGUUCACAGUCGUCCAGGACUCUGAUUCAUCGAGAUCUGGCACCGUCAUGUACUGACAAUCAAAUGGGCAGACAGGCAAGUGAGUGGGCGUGCUUUUGAGCCCACGGGGAGGCGUAAGAUUCUGUGUGUGGGCAUGUGACAAGGUACAUGUUUCACGAGUGUGCGUGUCGUGGCUCUACCAAGUGUCCUGUGGGUGACUCUGCCCAUCGGUCACAAGACACCCCUCCAUUCAUUCGACCGUUCACCGAUGCUGCCGGCAUCGCUCGCCAUUGUUUUCUCUACUUUCAGUGUUUUCUCCUCAGCGAUCGAGCUCUCUCAGUUGACUACUCCCCAGGGAGCAGAUAAAACAAGGCAAAGUGUAUGAAAGAAGCAGGGCACAGUGUGUGUGUUAUUAAUAAAAAAAAGCCCCCCUCAUAAAUGAUUCAUAUUGUGUGCUAUCUCCGUGGAGGAGACCCAGGCAGAGAGGGUAGACAGCUCUGAUCCUCUGCCUGGCCCCCCCCUGCACUGCUCUGGGCUUGUUUCCCUGGCCCGCCUGCCUGUCUGUCUGGAGCUCUGGCUUCCAUCCGCCUCUCGUUGUUCUUGUCGCCUCUCUGUUCAUUACCUUCCUUUCUUCUACCUCAACACCCCCCACCUUUAUCAUCCUCUCCUCUCCGCUCCCCUCCUCACUCAUCUCCCACCUUCCUCUCAUCUCACCCCUCCCUUUCCCCUUGCUCUUCCUCCUGCUACCCACUACCACACCUCCUCCUCCUCCUCCUCCUCCUCCUCCUUGUCUCCCGAGUCAGGCUCUGCACUGAAUUUUUCAUCACAAGCCACCUGCUGCCUGCCAGAGCCAAAGAACACUGCCACCAGAGGCACCGACAGAGGGCCCGGCUUCUGACAUAAAGCGAGGAAUAAAAGCAAAGAAAAGAGUCAGAAUAAAGAUGGGUAGGGAGACAAUGAGCCUCCCAGUGUGAGAUUAACUGCAGCUUUUCUCCCGUUUUUAACAAAAGGCAAAAUUGUCCUCAAGAGUUAAUUGCUUCCAAUUUGCUGUAAUUGCUUUCUGUAUUUUUUAUUUUAUUUUAUUUUUUACCUUUUUAUGCUGACACUCAUCUCCAGAAUUUUUGGAAAUGUUUAUCGUGAACCGCUUUCUUCCAAAGAGAGAGUUUUUAUACGGACUCCUUAAAGGCCUGCUCACACUAGAAAGCAGCACCGCAAAGUUCACAUGCUUGUCCUCACAGGAAAGGCAGUGCAAGAAAACUGGUGACGUACUCACAGGGUUACUGAGCCAGCCGGAGCAAAUGCUAGCGUUUGGUCUCCAUCCGGGUCACAGUCUCCGGUUAUUUGUGCUGUCUUCCCCUGUUUUAAUGCCUCUUUUGUGGAAAGCUCAGCUCAACCAGAUAGCUAUGAUGGCUUCCUCCAUUUUGUUACUGCAUAGCGCUGUCAAGACAGAUUGCCAUUGGUCAAAUUUGUCUCCACAAACAAAUCCACUGGCUGCGGUUGAUUCCACUGAAAUGAAUUUAUUUGGCUGACUUUUCAAAUACUCGUGCGGCUGGACCUUAAGUUGGAUGGUGUGACUGAUAAAAAUGUGUGGCUGAUGAAAUUUCUUUUAAACAUAUUUGUGAUGAGGACCACAAACGAAAUUGCCUUUAACUCCACGGUCUUACCUUGUUGUGGAGACAGACUGGGACAGAUUAAACCAAAACUAGCUGCGAGACCAGGCACCACUGGAGGUGAAAUAAAAUAAGAACUCAAACUGGCCCGUUGGCUUGUUCCAUUAUGACCUGAGAACAGUUUCAUUCCAAACUCUGCUGUUUUGACGAACAAAAAUCACUGCCACAGCCCUCUGACACCACUCAUGUUUGUGACAUUGCUGUCUCCGCCUGCAUGUGAACUGAGGAGACUGAGCCGAGUUCAGACUUUAAACAAAAGGGAAAAUAUGAAAAAGUGUGGAAACCGAACAGGCGGUACGUAAUUGCCCCUCACUCCUACACGUAUGCAGAGAGAAGCUGCGUGGUUUACUUCAUUAUCUCCUGCUGCUUAAUGAAGGUCCUUGCUGGGAAAAAUACAAGCUUAGUGGAGGCAAUAAAAGAUGAACCAAAAAGUAAAAAGAUGAAGAAAUAAAGGACUUUUCAGUGGCAUUAUUCCAGUGUCGAAACCUGUACUUUAAAGAAAGGUCCUGUGCUGAUCUGUUGUAAGCUAACUAAAAUGUCACUUCUGCAUUAUGUAUGUGCAUGGGUGUCCCAACACAAACACACUAUGGCCCCCCGGCCAGCAGUGCGGGAAGAUCCAGGCCGGGGCGGAGCAGAACCAAAUGAGACGCGAACUGCACAGGUGAGGGUGGAAGGUUUCUCCCCUCUGAACGGCUUUCAGUAAAGUGUGUGUUUGGUUGUAGCGGCCAGCACUUCCUGCUGUGAACGCUGGUGCGUCUGGACGUGCAGACGAGCACGUUUAGAAGGACGUAUGUGACCUGUGCUGUCCGGCGGUCUCGUCACAGGGCUUGAUGUCGAUAAGUGCCUGAGAUAAUAUCAUAGUAAUUCACACAGGUAAGGACACCACAGCACGCGACCUGCGGUGUGUUUUUAAACAUUUUUAAUAUCAGCGUAUUAAAAUGUGUCAUUUUGGGGUACUCCUUCCUGAACUUUUUUUUUUUUUUUUAGAGC